UACGUAUCAAACAUAAAAAUAAAUAAAGCAAAAAUUUUCUGACGUGUGUAUCAUCUGACAUCUGAAUUGCAUAUUAUUAUCUGACAGUGAAAAGCUAGGCCAAGUAAAGGCAAAACUUGCCAAACUUGAUAUUUAUCAGUUUGUCACAAUUAGCCCUCAAGUUUCGCCAUGGGGAAAUUUGCGCAAUAAAUGUGGUUGAAACAAUUGUUGUGAGAGUGACGAUCCAGUGAUAAUCUCUAUCGAAAUCGGGAUGGUAGUAUUGGUUAAUGUGUUUUUGGGUCUGUAAGCUCUGUCUCGUGAGUUUUACUCAACAGAAUAGAUCUUGUGCGUUAUAAGUGAAAUUAUCAAUUGUGUUGAUAAUGAAGUAAAUUGCUAUAAGUCAGUGCAUUUUAAUUUAUUUAUAUCUGAAAUAUUUUGACAAAUUUCUAAGAAAAUCAAAAUUUCAAGAUGCCUAAUACGUUGUCAAAAAUAGUUCAGAAAAUAUCUGAUAAAACUUCAUUUCCACCUGAAAAAAUAAGCUUGUGCAUGGUUAGUGCUGUUUGUUUCUUACACGCUUCUCGAGUUGGAUUUCCAUUGUUGUUGAAAUCUAUAAGAAGUAUCAAAAAUAGAGCUACAGAGGCUCAACAGAAAAUAUCAUCUACAAGUCCUCAAAAAGGGACUCAUGUUGAUGAUGAAAUUAUCGAAAUUAGUACUGAAAGCACUGAAGAUGCUAGUGUAUAUGAUUUGAAAAAUUUCCCAGCUUUCAAUAAAGAAUUUCUUCUACAAUUAGGGAAACUAAUUAAAAUAAUGAUUCCCAGUAUAUGGAGCAUUGAAGCUGCAUUGCUAGUAUUGCAUACUUGCUCUUUAAUUAUGCGCACAUUUUUGUCCAUUUAUGUCGCGAAGUUGGAAGGCCGUAUAAUAAAAUUUAUUGUUAGAAAAGAUAUUAACACUUUUACUUUACAACUUACCAAAUGGCUUUUAAUAGCUCUUCCAGCCACCUUUCUGAACAGUCUAAUACGUUUUUUAGAAAGUCAGCUUGCUCUGGCCUUUCGUACGAAGCUCGUCCGAUAUGCGUAUUCUUUAUAUUUUAAAAAUCAAACUUAUUACAGGGUAAGCAAUUUAGAUGGUCGUUUGGAAAAUGCCGAUCACUGUUUAACUGAAGAUAUUAUUUCAUUUUCUCAAUCCAUAGCUCAUCUGUAUUCUCACAUCACGAAGCCUCUGUUGGAUUUGAUUAUUAUUAAUUUAACAUUGUUUCAAAUGACUAGACAUAUGGGCUCGUUUGGAAUGUCUGGUCAAGUAUUUGCUGCUGCCGUUGUUUCACUUACUGGUCAUAUUUUGCGUAAAAUUACACCAAAGUUUGGGAAGCUUGUUUCUGAGGAAGCUAAGCACAAAGGAUAUUUGCGCUAUGUUCAUUCUCGGCUAAUUACUAAUGCUGAAGAAAUUGCUUUCUAUGGAGGGCACAAGGUAGAACUUUCAUUACUUCAGAGGAGCUAUAAAAAACUGGCCUCCCAUAUGAACCGAAUAUAUAACAAGAAACUUUGGUAUGUGAUGUUUGAACAAUUUUUAUUGAAAUAUUGCUGGAGUGCUGCUGGCAUGAUCAUAAUUUCAUUACCCAUAAUGAUUGGUUCUCCUCAAACAGAUGCAGAUGACAAUUAUAGUGAUGAUGGCGUAAGUUCAAGAACAGAAUACAUGACUACAGCUAAAAAUAUUUUAAUCUCUGCAUCAGAUGCUUCUCAAAGACUUUUCUCUUCAUUCAAGGAGAUAACUGAGUUGGCUGGGUAUACUGCUCGAGUUUCUAGGAUGAUCAACGUAUUUGAGGAAGUUUGUGAAGGACAGUAUGAAUUGUCUACUAAUACUGAAAUCUCUUCCAAGCUGAGUAAAAAGGUUACUGAAGUAAAGGGCUUGAAAUUCAAAAAUGGAAUGCCUGAAAUUUUAGGACAAGUUGUGGAAAAAAAUGGAAUAAUAAAGUUAGAAUCUGUACCUAUUGUGACACCUAACUGUGACAUCGUUGUUCCUAGUUUAUCAUUUUUGAUGACACCGGACAUGCACGUCUUGAUUACUGGUCCUAAUGGUUGUGGAAAAAGUUCUUUAUUCCGUAUUAUUAAUGGCUUAUGGCCAGUCUAUUGUGGGAAACUUGAGAGACCUCCAGAAAGGGAAAUGUUCUAUAUUCCUCAGAGACCCUAUAUGUCUAUUGGUACCCUUCGUGAUCAAGUUAUUUAUCCUCACACUCUUGAGGAUAUGAGAAAUGACAACAAGUCUGAUGAUGAUCUCUUUAAAAUCUUAGAAAUUGUUCACCUACAGCAUAUUGUUGUGAGGGAAGGAGGUUGGAAUGCAAUAAGAGAUUGGAAAGACAUACUUUCAGGUGGGGAAAAACAAAGAAUGGGAAUGGCACGACUAUUUUACCAUAAGCCACAAUUUGCUUUACUUGAUGAGUGUACUAGUGCUGUUUCAAUUGAUGUUGAAAGUCAAAUAUAUCAAGCUGCAAAAGAUACAGAAAUUUCUUUAUUGACAAUUACUCAUAGACCUUCCUUAUGGAAAUUCCACACACAUUUGCUGAAGUUUGAUGGAGAAGGAGGUUGGAGUUUAGAACCUCUUGAUACCAAUACAAGGCUUUCUUUGCGUGAAGAAAAAGAAAAGUUAGAAUCAUCUUUAACUGGUCUACCCCAAAUGAAAAGAAGACUUAAAGAAUUGUGCACUUUGCUAGGAGAAGAUUCAGUUGUUAUUUCAGAUCUCUGAGACUAAUGAGUUUAUUUUUUGUGUCUCUUCAGUCAUGGUAAAAAAUAUUUUUAAAUUAAGAGGUAUAGCACAUUUAAAACAAAAAGAAAAGUUUUUUCCCAUUUUUUGUGAAAUUAUGCUAUUGUUAACAGUAAAAGGACACAAUAUCUUUAUGAAAAUGAAAUUGUUUUUACAUUUAAAGAACAAAGCUUUAACUUAUUGUUACAGCUUUUUCCAUUUGACAUUUCAAAGCCUGAAAUAGCUUUUUAGUAACUUUGACGUUUCAUUAGUAGAUUAUUUUUAAACUAAACAAAAGUGGAAUAUUAAAUUACUCAAGAUUUUAUUUUUAAUUUAUAUUUUACAUAAUUUUUUAAUUCUUGAUUUCAAAUUCAGUUUCGAUAAAGGACCUAAUGAUUUCCUUGUGCAAUCUGUUUUUCUCAAUAUUUUUAAAUUCCCCCUGUUGCAGGCUAUCCCAAAAUUUUUUUGUGGUGUAAAAAAAGUGUUUGACAAAGCUGUAAAAAUUAAAGCUAUAAUGACAUAAUGGUUUUUAACUAAUGAAAUUGAACUACAAAAUUUGUAAAAAAAAUUUACUAAAGAUUUAAAAUUUUUAAAAGGUCCUUAGGAAAAAUUGUUUUAUUAGGAUUUUAAAAUUGUUUAUUUUUUAACGAAUUCUGAAACAUGAUCUAGCAUGUUGAAAAUUACUAAAUCAAUAAAGAAGGCUCAUGUAUUUUUCAAAAUCAUUAAUUUUAUGGUUUUCAGAUGUGAAUCUAGAUAAGUUUAAUAGUUAAAAAAUAGAAGGAAAGUGUCUUAAAAAAGUGCUAUACCCCUUAAGAUACUUAAAAGUUGAAACAUGUUAAUGUUUUAAUCAGUGGCAAGCUAUAAAAAAUAAACCAAACUGUGGAUCUACAUGAUAAUUUAUGUGUACAUAAACAUUUAUUUAUACAAUUUUCAAGACAUGUUAUUGUAUGUUUAAUCUCCUUAUACACUCAUAUUUUGUACAAAUAAUGUAAAUGUGAAUUCUUUAUUUAUGAGCUUAUAGUAAAAGAGUUUAGUGAAAAAUUAUGUUAAAUGAUUUUUUGAAAGCAUUUUAAUUUUCAGGUUUAUAAACCUAUUACUGUUAGCUGUUAAUUUAGAAAAUUAAUUUAUUCUCCAGUAAUAAAAUAAUGUUUUCCAUUGAAAAAAAUUUUAAACAGCUUUUUAGGUUUCUAUACAUUCUUAAGCUGAUUUGUACAAAUUCAGAAAAAUGUCAUUUGAUAUAAUCUUUUACUAAAAUCUUCAAUUAUUAAAUAUUGAUUUUAAUUAUGGUUUAAUGACAUUUGUUGCAAUCCCCCAAAAUUUUUUUAUGUUGAUGUGAUAUUUUAUUUUCCCUUGCAGGGUAAAAUUUAAACGAAAUUAAAUUAUAUAACUUAUUUUAAUUGCUUGAAAUGAAUUUAAGAUUGUUAUUUAUGACAUAAUUUAUUAAAUUUUAAAUAACAAUUUUCACUGAAUCGUAUCGUAGCUUUCUGUAUCUUUUAAAGCUGAUUUUUGCUAGGAUUGUAUUGAUUUUAACCUAUUUUAUUUUCUCUGGCAGGGUAUAAUUUUAAAGAAAUUUAUUAUUAUUUAGUAAAAAUAAAGAGAACUUAUUUUAAUUUGAUGGAAAGAAUUUAAAAUUUUAAUUUAUGAUGAUAAUUUAUUAAAUUUUUAAUAACAGUUUUUACUGAAUCAUGACUCUGUAUUUUUUAAAGCUGAUUUUUACUAGGAUUAUAUUGAUUAUAACUAGUUUUGACCUUCCUGAUGUAUAUCAAUUAAAACCAGUUUUACAACUGAAACGUACUGUUAUUAUUUUUAAAUAUCAGUCAAAUAUGCUGUAAUAACCGAUGUUAGUACUAAGUCAACAUUUUUUAAAAAUUUGAACAGAAUGUCAACAUAAAUAUUUAAAAAAAAAUUUUACUCCCUUUUUUUGUAAUUUGUGUUGAAUAUAAAGAUAUGAUUACAUAAGGAUGAAAUACAUUAUGAUUAAAAAUGGUUUCAUAGUUUAUGUAUUUAUUAUUUUUUUUUUUGUUGUUGGUAUUAUUCCAAUCUCAGAAAAUAAUUUAUUCUAUUAAUGAAGAACUGGCACUACCUUUCUUCUGACAUUAUGUAAAUGUUAUAUUUUUUACAGCUACUAAUUUGUAUUUUACAAAUUGCACUGUUAAGUUUUCAAUUUUUAACAUUCUUAUCAGUAUAUUUUAUCAAUAAGCCUCACAAACUUAUUGUAUAAUGGUACUCUACUUUUAAUUACAAAAAGAAUUAAGAGGUAGGACUAGAAGAGGUAUGAAUUUUAUUGGGAGAGAACUAUUAAGAGGUAUGACCACUUUUGAAUAGUUAAAAUUACUUAUAUCCUGUAUAUUGGUUAAAAUCAGUUUUGUUUGGUUGAAAUUAUGAUCUUAGCUAAAAUACCAUUUCAUGAUAUUUUUACUAAGUUCGUCUAAUACUUAUAAGUUCUUUUACUUAUCACUGCUUAAAAAUUUUAUAUUUUUGAGUGAGGAAAAGAACUUUUGUUAAAAAUAAUUUUCAGUUAAACAAAAAAAUUAGUUUAUUAAAUUUUUUAAAUUAAUUUUAAUCUCUGAACUUAUUUUAAUUGGCUAAUAACAAAGUCAUGAGCUGCUGAAGAAAAUGGUCAUUCAAUGAAACAGCAAAGUGCUUAAUCAAUCUAUUUAUCUCCAAAAUCUGUUUUUUUUUUUUUUUUUUUUUUUUUUUUUUUUUUUUUUUUUUUUUUGAAGCUUGUCUCAAUGUCAAACAGAAAAUUGUUUUUUAUUCAACUAGAAAUAUAACUGUAAGAGUGUUUUUCCCUUAAAAUGUAGUGCAGUUUUAGAUCUUGUUAAUAUUUGUAAUUUUUGCGUUAUAUUUUGUAAAGUUUUCUUUAAAAACUAUUUUUAUGUGUUUCUUUAUGAGGAGUAUGCAUAGUUUCUUUGAAAAAAAGCUUCAGAAAUUUAUUAUGAUAAUCCUUUACCUGUAAAAAGUACUAUACGUAAAACAAAAUAUUAAAAAGUGACAGAUUUAAUUUUUAUCAUCAACCAAUAACCUUACAUACUUAGUAAAAGACAAUUUUUUAAUAUUAAAUUUUUCUUUACAAUAAUGUGAUUGCAAAAUUAGAAAUUUAGAGUUUUUAUUUUUUAAACUAAGUUUUAACACUUUUCUGAGCUUUAUUUAAAAAUUAAGUGACAGGGUUGAGUAAUGAGAUAUUUUGAAGAAAUAAAGGACAUGUGCUUAUUUAAUUGUUUAAUAUAUGUUACUGCUGUGUAAAUUAUCAAUUUGCUUUGCUUUUUACAUAAAACAAAAUACACUAUACAUUUUGUGUAUGUAGAGGAAUGUUUAUUUGUAUUUUAUAUUAUUUUUAUUUAUGUAAAACAAUGUUGUGUGUGAAAAAAGCUGUUGUAUACUUAAUUUAAAAUAGAUUGCAUGCCAUUAAUUAUAUUAUAGAUUCACAAAUAAGAUUUUUUUAAAUUGCUUUAGAAGUAAUAUUGUUUUAUAUUCUGAUGCAUGUUUUUUGCAAUACUUCAGUAAUAAUUAAAAGUAAAUUGCAUUAUUUCUUAUUUUAGUUUGCAUAAAUUGAAGUUUUGUUUUGAUGGGCUGUAUAAGCAAUAUAUUGCAAAUUUUAAAUAUCCUGUUGUGUUAAUAUUCAUUCAUCAAUAGUUCGACAGUCCUGGAUGGACCCUGGCUUUUUCAAGAAGACGAGACCAGUCCUUCCUACUGCGUGUCACAGCCAUCCAGUUUCUGGCGUUAAUUUAGACAAAGAAUAUUUUAAUCUUAGGAUACUUGAAUUUAAAAAAUAUCAUUCUAAUCUAUGUAAAAAAAAAAAUUGUUUUCACAUAAAAUUUUGUUUUUAUUUUGCAGUUAUCAGCACAAAACUUCAUGAAUUCAGAAACUGCUGCUAAUGCCGCAGCAUGAUGUUAAUAAUUUGUUUGGUCUUGUAAUUUUUUAGACACAAAUUAUGAUGUACAAAAAGAAAAUUCAUUAAAUAGAAUUGAAUACUGUUUUUAUUUAGUUCAAAUUUAAAAUUUGUGGUACUUUACAUUGAACACAAAUUUGUAAACUUCUACAAAUUUGCAUAUUUUUUUCUAAAUUAAAGUUUUUAUUCUGCGGUGUGAUAUGUAACAUUACAUUAAACAUUUUCUGUAAAAAAUACUUUGAAUGUAACAAUCUAUAUAAGUAAAUUAUAUUUUGUUUUAUUUAAUAUAUAUAUAAAUAUUAUUUUUUUUUUUGGUUAGCCUUAACAAAUGAGCUUUUAUGUUUAUUUAUGGAUUCUGUUGAAUGCAUUAUUUCAACGACGGUAUCUAUUGAUACAUAUUAAAAUUUGUUUUAAACAAAUGUAUAAUUGCAUAUAAAUGUAAACCUUGUUAUUAUUUUAAUUGUGUACUUGUAUAAAUAACUAGUUAUUAAUUCCUUAAUCUAAUUUAGAAUAUAUUUUCACUAAUAUACAAAUAUCUGACUUGAGUCAAAUUUUGUCAAUUCUUUUUUAAUAUGACUUAUAUUUUACAUUAUUCAAAGAAAUCCUUUUUACACUUCUACGAAUUUGCAAUUCAAAUCCUUAACCUUUUAAAAAUAAAUCAUACAUUAUCUCCUAUGUUUUCUUAAUUAGUGUUAUGCUUUUUUUUAUAGUCAGUCUAUAUUAAGAACUCUCAUCACUAAGUCUAAGGCCAUCUGCUGUUGACAAGAAUUAGUGCAUUUCAAAAAAGGGGAUUGACGAAAAUGACUAGCCAAAAUCUGUCAUAAAUAUUGGCCUAACACCCCACCCCUACUUAAAAUUAAACCUCUUAACUUAACUAUUAAUGUUCUAGAUUAAUGGUAAUCUGAGUUCUUUACAUAGACAGACUAUACAUUGCUUAUUUUUUUAUUCUGCUAUGAAUUAUUUGUUUUUAAGGAGUCUUCCGUUAUAACACACCCAUUCCAUUAUUACACAUUAUAACAGGGAAAAAUUAUACAGUUUAUUGACAUGAAACUUUUUUCAUUCAUUUGUUCACCAUAAUAAUGAAUAUUUUUAGACAUUUUAUUUUUUUGAUUGAAGUAUGUAUUUUUAGUGAGUAAAUUCUGCAAAUGUACUAAAAAACAUGUUUUAUCAACAUGUUAUUACUUCUGUUCAAAAUGGCAAUCUAUUUUGCUUCAUUCCAUUGAGAAUUAUUGAAUCAAGACAAAAUAGUUGAAUUUAUGUUUUGUAAAACCUGUAUCGGUUAUUAUUCAUGGAUACAAGAAAACUAUCAUUGCAGGUCAACAUAUCAGACAAUGACUUGAAAAUGUUUAAAAAGUAAUGAAAUGAGUAAGUUAUUAACUUAAAAUUUAAUAAAUUUGAAAUAAGUAUAAAGAAAUUUAAUUGAAAAAAUUACAUACUUAAUGCAAAAAUAUUUACAAUGCAUGAAUGGAAUAAGCACAUUUAUUUAAAAUAUUUGGAAAUUUUGGUUUGAAUUUCUUCUUUUCUUCUCAGUGCAAAAAAUAAAUUUUCUACAUUUUUAAUAGUUUGGUGUUCAUCAUCUGUAAAUUUGUGUGAAAACAGAAAGUUACGCAUUGCUUAAAAUAUUUUGAGGUCUUCAGCAAACGUACCAAAUGUAAUAUAAAUACAUAAAAUUAUAAUAAUAAAUGACAUAAACAAAUUAUCAAGUAGUAGUUGAGCCUAUUACUCCUAUAAGAAGUUGAACAUAAUUGGCCAGAAAAUGUUGCCAUUUUACCUCGCCUAAAAAUUUUUUUUAGCAUUUUUACAUACUCUAAUAUUUGAGUGGAAACUCUAUUAUAUAUUUCUCUUUACCUUCAAUAAUGCAUUAAAUAAUUGUUAAUAGUAAAUAGAGCAAACAACAAAAAUUCAUUGUUCUAGCAACCAGAAGAUGUAAUUAUUUGAAUUGCUGAAGGUCAAAAUGAUAUAUUUCUGCCUGAUUGGUUGGACAUCUCUAUAUAAUUGCAUUGAAAUUUUAUACCUAAAAUUUGUUCUUUGGGAUAACGUUAUGCUGAGAAGACCCCUUAAAAUAGAUUGUUUCACUCUUUUUUUUUAUUAGUUACUUUAAAAUUUUGUACGUAUAAAUGCAUAACAUUGUUUUUAGAAAUAAAUGUGCUAGAGAACUUAAAUGAGUUUAUAUUUUUUAAUGCAAAUUGUAGUGCGUUUAGUUACUGUUUUUUUUUUUUUUUUUCAGUAAAAUUAUGACUGCUUGUAAUAAACUCUUCUGAAAGACAUGAAUAACCUGAAAUGUUUCGAAUCUAAUUUUGUAAUUUUUUAGGAUAAACGAUGUUAUGAGUGAUUUUAAAGUUGCAAGAAAAUCAAGCCUUUAAAAUGCUUGUUUUAGUUUCAAGUCUGUUGUAAUUAGUCAAAGUAAUUAUAUAGUGCUCGAAAGUCAUUUUAAAUUUUCCAUUUUAAUAAGCUGAUUGAAAAUUCGAGAUUAUUUUAGUUUUAUUUAUUUAUAAGUAUGUAUAUUGUAUAUUUUAAGGAAUUGUUUUAUUUUUUCUACCGGUGUGCAAUUUUAUUCCCAGGUGCAAAAAUUUGGUAUGGAUAGAUAGCUUAUUUGAAUUGUAUUUUGUAAUUUACAAUGUAGUGCCAUUGACAUGCAUGUUUCCUCUCGCAAAUAAUUCGAUGUAAUAUUUAUUAUCAUUUCAAAUAAAUAAAGCGUCUGGGAAUCUUUUA